AACUCAAUCAACCGCGCCUCGCAUACUCUACUCUACUCAUUUCGUUGAUCCCUUGGUUCGUCGAUCGGUGUUCUCGUCUGAGGAGCUCGGCUGAUCCGAUCCGCCAUGGAUUCCACCGACGGUCGCGUGUUCGAGGACUUCGUGCCUCCGCACACCAUGGUCCGGGAGCCGGCGACGCACACGCUCACCGUCGACCUCUCCGCCGCAGGUGCAGGGUACAGGAAGGAGCACAUCCGGGUGCAGAUGGUGCACAGCCACCGGCGACUGGUCGUGCGCGGGGAGCGCCCCGUCGCCGGCAACCGCUGGAGCCGCUUCCGCCUCGAGCUCCGCGUCCCCGACGGCUGCGACGCCAAGGCCAUCCACGCCAGGUUCGAGAACGGCGUCGUCCGCGUCACCAUGCCCGGCGUCGCGCCGGAGCCCGUCCAGGUCGAGACCGGCCUGUCCCCGCAGGCGAAGACGGCGGCCGCUCCCAGCGCCGCCCAAGACCAGAAGGAGGCCGCCGCCGCGCAGCAGCAAGACGGCGAUCGUGCCGCGCGAGGGGGAGGAGUAGAGGACGAGGCGGAGAAGAAAGACGAGGCGGCGGCGGCGGCGCAGAAGCAAGAAAUGAGGCAGCGCCCCGUGAGCUCCCCGAAAGACGGCGGCCAUGACCCUGACGACGCCCAAGGCGGUGGGGCAGGGGAGGUGACCGCCGCUUCACCACCGCGGCAAGGCUUCGGCUUCCUGCAUGACCGGAGGAGGAAGAUGGCGACCACCGUGCUCAGCGUGGUGCUCGUCCUGAUCAGCCUCGGCAUCUAUGUCAAGUACAGCCUUUGGCCAUGAUAACUGGUCGAGAAAUUUGGUGCGUGCAACUGCAGUGCAUGGUAUUUGCUCCUCGCCAGCAGGCUGGUAAUACUAAUGUGAAGCCUGACAUAUGACUGCCGGAUAUGUGUCGAUGAAUCUGCCUAGUCGCAAGUAUGGCAGGUUGAUGUACUGAUGUGUGUGAAAUGCUGACUGAACAAAAGGAUUUCUUUGGUAUUCCAAGAUGAGCUUGGUAAAAAUUAAA